UUGAAAUUUUAAAAUUAUUCAGCGCCUGAUUGAAAGUUGACUCAAGGGUGACCACUAAAUUGUUGUCCUCUUGGGAGUCGACCUGAUGGAGUGAUCCCGGUUUAAGUUGUUUACUUAAGUGAUUUUUUGUCAAUAAUUCUAACAUGCCUUUUAAAUUUAAAUUGCUUUUGCAAAUUUUGAUGCCAUGGGUGAGAUUUGGGUCGAUGGCACUGUGCACAAAGUCGGCGGCCUUAUCCCAAAAUUAAUGGGAGCAAAAAAAUUAGGGGUAGAGUUUAUAAUCCUCCCAGCAGAAAUGGAAGAUGAACAUAACGCGUUAACAGAAGAACAGAAACAACAAAUUACCCCCAUAUUUAUUAGUAAUUUUGAGGAAAUCUUUCCUGUUUUAUUUCCAAAUUUUGUAAAAUUUGUAGUUUUACUAUUAUUUGUUACAGAAUAAUGAUC